CCCGCCGCCGCUCUGGUGUCGCCGACGCCGUCGCUGCCGUUGCCGCCUCCCUACCGGCAAGUGUGGGAAGGAGGAGCUGAGGGUCGCCGCUGCCGCCAUGGGGAGGAAGUCAAGCAAAGCGAAGGAGAAGAAGCAGAAGCGGUUGGAGGAACGAGCAGCCAUGGAUGCCGUCUGUGCCAAAGUGGACGCCGCCAACAGGCUUGGAGACCCUCUAGAGGCUUUCCCAGUGUUCAAGAAAUACGAUCGAAAUGGGUUAAACGUCUCCAUCGAGUGUAAGCGAGUGUCUGGACUGGAGCCAGCCACCGUGGCCUGGGCCUUCGACCUGACCAAGACCAACAUGCAGACCAUGUAUGAGCAGAGCGAAUGGGGCUGGAAGGACCGAGAGAAACGCGAGGAAAUGACAGAUGACCGAGCCUGGUACCUCAUUGCUUGGGAAAGCAGUUCGGUGCCUGUUGCCUUUUCUCACUUCCGGUUUGACGUGGAGUGCGGGGAUGAAGUCCUGUACUGCUACGAAGUGCAGUUGGAAAGCAAGGUGCGGCGGAAGGGCCUGGGGAAGUUCCUCAUCCAGAUCCUGCAGCUCAUGGCCAACAGCACACAGAUGAAGAAAGUGAUGUUAACUGUAUUUAAGCACAAUCAUGGUGCCUACCAGUUCUUCCGAGAAGCGCUGCAAUUCGAGAUCGAUGACUCUUCCCCCAGCAUGUCUGGUUGCUGUGGAGAGGACUGCUCCUACGAGAUCCUGAGCCGGAGGACCAAGUUUGGGGACAGCCAGCACUCCCAUGCGGGCGGGCACUGUGGCGGCUGCUGCCACUGAGCUCCCAAGCUAGAAUGCUCUCUCCAAGGCCUGUCCUCUCCCUGGGCUCACGUCGCUGGCCAGGUGCCCUCAGAGCUGUGGCCUCCUCAGCCCUGCGCGUGCCCGGCUGCGGCCCAAGCGCACAGGACCCCGGGGUGGAGCGGUCCGAGCCGCCCGUCCUCCGUCCUCCUGGAAGGACCGUGUGCGCUGAAGGAGCAGAGAGGAGAGGUGCUGAGGGAGGGGCUGGCGGAGGCCGGGCACGACGCGGACCCUCUCGCAGCGGCUGCCUUCUCACUCGGCCCUUGUGCCCUUGAGCACGAGGUUCCCCAGCUGCUCUGCAGGUGGAUUCCUGACAGUCCCUCCCCUCCCCCUGCCACACACACACUUGGACAAAUGGGCUGUUUUAUACCCAUCUUUAGAAAAGUCCUGGAGCCCCGGGUCAGGGUCUGGCUGGUCCCCAACGAGGACUGGACCGGGUGCAGGCUCUGGACGUAGAGACCGGCUUCGGAGGGAGUCCGGUUUUGUAGCCGAGUGCUCUGAGGGAGAUCAAGGGAAGGUCUCCUGUGCCAUGACACUGGGAGGCCAGGGAGCUCUUUCUAGCUGUGCUUCUGUGGACGGACACUUAGUGUGGAGGCAUCCCAGGGGACCGGCCCGGUAGGAGGAAGGUUCCAUCCAUCUCCUCGUCGUCGUCGAUGGGAGGACCAGGAGCAAGGUGUGGCU